AUGGAUAUAAACAAUCUCACAAUUGCCACUGAGUUGGUUCUUCUUGGUUUUACCAAUAACACGAAGAUAAACUUUUUGUUGUUUUUUAUUUUCCUUAUAAUCUACAUUGUGACAAUUUUCGGAAACAUUCUGAUAAUUUGCAUAAUCCUCUGCAAUCCUCGCCUACACACCCCGAUGUAUUUCUUCAUCACAAAUCUGUCCUUCAUAGAUCUGUGUAACAUUUCCUGCGCUGUGCCCAAGUUAUUGAUGGACCUCUUCUUAACCCACAGAACCGUAUCAAUCGCCGCCUGUUGUGCACAAAUUUUACUUCUUCUAUGGAUUGGAGCCAAUGAGUGUUUGCUUCUUGCUGUUAUGGCUAUUGACCGGUAUGUGGCCAUCUGCCAUCCCCUCCAUUACCCCAUGAUCAUGAAGUGGAGCGUUUGCCGUGGCCUCGCUAUAUUUGUAUGCGUAUUCAGUUUUGCCUUUGUCUUUCUUCCAUCGUUCUUGAUGCCGCUAACAGUGUGUUAUCCUAACAAGGUCAACCAUUUUAUGUGUGAGGCCCUAUCAGUGAUGAGGCUGGCCUGUGAAGAUACCCAUAAUAAUGAUGUUGUCACGUUCUUCUUCAGUUUCAUCUCUCUUUUCUUUCCCUUUAUAAUUAUUCUAGUGUCCUAUAUUUGUAUCAUAGCCUCUAUACUGAAGAUCAGCUCUGCAGGACGGUCUAAAGCUUUCUCCACAUGCACCUCCCACAUCACCGUGGUGGCUUUGUACUUUGGUACCGGAAUGGUCACAUAUUUAGGACCUUCUACAGAUGCUUCUUCAGACCAGGAGAAAUAUGUCUCUAUCUUUUAUGUCAUUAUUUCGCCAAUGGUAAAUCCUUUCAUCUAUAGUCUGAACAAUAGAGACGUCAAAGGAACCAUUGUAAAGAUGUUGUGA